UCACCGAGCCGCUCCUCAUUCCUGUGCAGGUGCGCGUGAUGAACUGUGAACCUGCUCCUCUAACAGGAAGCGGCUCAUUCUGGUGUCUCGGCCCUUUAAGCAGCUCUCCGGGCCGGGGGCAGGGGACUUCUGGCCGUUAUCAAACGCGAAUCAGGGUUUUAUGGCAUGGGGACGGUGAGGAGGAGAGGCGCGCGCGUCCAGCUUUACGCACAAUGACCGGCGCACACUGACCGGUGCUCAGCCAUGGAGGUCCGAAAGGCGUUCUCCGCCUGCUGGGAGAGCUGCUGCUCGGCUCUGAAGAAGUCCGAGAGGUCCGGAGGAGACACCAAGCGCGAUGGGAAGGACGGGACGGUCAUCGAGAACCGGUUCGCCGGAGACCAGUCCGCGCCGGUCCCGGUGGCGCACAGAACGGUACCGGUACCGGUACCGGCGCCCCGCGGGGAGCUCUACAUCGCCCUGUACGCCUACGCCGCCCGCACCGCGGACGACCUGAGCUUCAGCGCCGGGGACACCCUGGAGGCGCUGGACAAGAGCCCCGGGGACUGGUGGGUGGCCAAAGCCCUGACCGGGGUGUCCGCCUCCAAAACCGGCUACAUCCCCGCCAACUACGUGGCGCUGCUGGAGAGCAUCGACGCGGAGCCAUGGUAUUUCCCGGACACCAAGAGGCUGGACGCGGAGAAGAUGCUGCUGGCCGAAGGGAACCAGCAGGGGGCUUUCCUGGUCAGGAACUGCGAGAGUCAGAGGGGGGAGCUCUCUCUUUCAGUGCUGGACAAUGGGAAAGUGAAGCAUUACAAGCUAAAAAAGAAUGAGUAUGGGCAAUACUUUGUGUCAAAGUCUAAAUUCUUCCCAACUCUGAAAGAGUUGGUGGAGUACUACUCCAGACAGGCCGAUGGCCUCUGUGUGCGUCUGGGUCAGCCAUGUAAAAAGAUGGAAGUCCCCCAGACCUACGGCCUGUCCUACAACACCGUGGACCAGUGGGAAAUCGACCGCAGAACCAUAAAACUACUGAAGAAGUUGGGGGCGGGACAGUUUGGUGAGGUGUUCGAGGGCCUGUGGAAUGACACAACGUCGGUCGCAGUGAAGACCCUCAAACCUGGAACAAUGGACCCCCAAGACUUCCUGAGGGAGGCCCAGAUCAUGAAGAAGCUGCGGCACCCUAAGCUGAUCCAGCUCUACGCCGUCUGCACCCUGGAGGAGCCCAUCUACAUCAUCACGGAGCUGAUGAAGAACGGAAGCCUGCUGGAAUACCUGCAGAAAAAUGACAAUGUUUAUGAGGCCAAAGAAGGAACUAAAUUCCCUGUGAAGUGGACUGCUCCAGAGGCCAUCCACAACAACAAGUUCACCAUCAAAUCUGACGUGUGGUCCUUUGGAAUUCUGCUGUACGAAAUCCUGACCUUCGGCCAGAUGCCCUACCCAACCAUGACAAACUUCCAGGUGGUGCAGCAGCUUCCACUGGGCUACCGCAUGCCGUGCCCCCCCAACUGUUCCAGUGUCCUGUACGGCCUCAUGACGGAUUGCUGGAAGGAGGAUGAGCAGGACCGGCCCACAUUUGAGACCUUGCAGUGGAAACUGGAGGAUUACUUUGAGCAGGAUGUGAGCUCCUAUGAUGAUGCUGCCCGGUAUUAGAACGGCGGUUCUGAUACCGGGACCUUCUGUGAAUAGAAAACAAUGCUAAAAACUCAAUCAGAAUUCACACUAACACCUGGAUUAGUCACUAAUUCAAAUGUAGCUCAGAGGUUCCACUUACUGAGGUCCAGUGAAGUAUCUAAAAUGUUGGCUGUAGCUUGUCCAAUAGGAAUGCUUGCCUGCAACACUCCUGUCGUUAGACAGCCAUGCUCGUUUUGGCCGAAUACGAAAAGCAGAGUCAGCUAAGGCUCGUUUGACUGGACCUUUGUCAGUCCGUCUCGAGACACUCUGUGUUUGAUUCCCACUUUAUUUCCACCGGCUAUCUGCUGAAGUACGGCCAGACGGGACCAGAGAAGAGCCCGGCCGGCUCAAAGCGCAAUGAUCAUGAUUCCCCAAGACUGGUCAAGGUUUUUUUAUCCCCCCACCCCUCCACGGUCGGUCACACAAACUAGCGGACACAUUCUGAUUGUAGCAGGCCGCCUAUGGGGAGACGUACAUUCACCAGAACAAUCUGUGCUAGCAGGUGAACACAGUCCAGAGAGAAUCAUCCAUGUUAGCAAACGGCUAAACGUGAAAUGUAAUGAGAUUUCUGUCCCACAUGUUCACACGGGUGAGAGGGGUCAGCACAGUUUGGUAGUGGGGGCUUAACCUCGGACACAAGGCACAAUAGAUUAGUUAAUAAAACACAUGCCAGAUCUCCUUUAAAUGGGAUAUUUAGCUCUGGUUAAAGCAGUUUGGGGAAUGUAAAGACCGUUUGCGUGCACAGGUUGGUUCUGCUAGCCCCUCACUGUGGUCAGCACUGAGGUGGACGUCCACUCACACCUCUGACUCGUGCUUUUUUUUGGUCAUCCCACUGCUCAAUAGUGGCCCAGUGACUGAAUUAUGUUGACCAUUUUAUGUGAAAUCUGGAGGGCUGCUCUCAGAUCUGUGGCGGGGAUUGUUUGACCACGUUAGCUCCAGUCCAACCAAUCAGCUGCCUGACACCAUUACUGCCUGAACCUGAUUGGUUUUUAAUCUCCUCCAGUUUUUUAACGUCACGAGCAUAUUCUUGUUAAUUGUACGAUAUAACCAUAUAAGUGUUUUAUAGAAUCUAAUAUUUGUGCUUAACGUGAUUAAAUGAAUUCUACGCUGUACGAUGUGGUUUUGGUUAGUUUUUGAUUGAGAGCUGGGUUUUGAUUUGAAACCUCUUAGUCACAGUGAAAAAGCUCUGGCACUAUAAAGCGCUGAGUCUUUUUUGCUGUGUACCAGGGUUUACACUCAGACUUAUUUUAGCAAGGACGGAAUACAUAAUUGAGUUUAUGGAGACUAAAUGCAAGCUUUCCCCCUCAUCCUCAGUCUCUGCAUGUUUGCACUUUGUGUUUGUUGCGAUUCAUUGCCAGCUCCUAUUCUGUCUGUGUUUACACCUGUAGCUUGUUUGCCUUUACAGGAAAAGAUGGCCUUGUAUCCAUUUUUUUUGUUCCUUUUUUUUUUAAAAGCAAAAAUUGUAAAGCUUUGUCAGUUGCUUUUGACUUCAAAUGAUUUGAUUCCAGAAGGAUUUGCUGUACAGCUCCCUUUCUGCUACUCUCCAUCUGCAUUUACCAUUUGUUUUAGUGAAAAUAUAAGUUGUUGUAUAAAAUAUAAGUUCGUCUCAAUCUCAUUUGGUCUCGCUGUAACUUUCCAACUCGGCCACACGGUGGUGCCACUACUCCUGCCUCCUGGCUGCCAUCUUCUAUUCUGAAAACCCUGGAGGUCCUCUUUUCGGUCGGGACCUUACGGAUCAACUGGUUGUGUCGUAAGCUGUUUUUUGUGUUGUGUCAUUCAUGCUUCAUGUCCAUGCUUCUAUCUCUCUCAACAGGAGAGCGGCACGGAGUGGCAUGUUCAAUGCAAAGCAGAUGCAUCUUUGUUUUAAGUCCAACAAAGCUGCCCAGUGGAGGUGGAAGGUGGAUAAAGUCAACUUUAGCUUGUGGAACUAAAACUAAAACGUAUGCAGUUGUUCUGUAAGAUGUGGCGAACGUGUAAGACGGAAAUGGAGGAAGAAAUAACAUCUAAGUACCAAACUAAUGAGCUUCCAAAUGCACAAUAGUAAAUGAGUCACUUCUCAGUCCUUCAGCUUAUUAUAAGCUGCUGUGUGACUCAUGGAACCAGAGAUCUUUUGUCCCAGCCUGCAGCCAUUCAGCGUAGGCCAGACCAAAAUGGCUACAUUUCUGUAAAUUAACAGCAGCCAAACCGAGGCGAGCCUAAAUUUAGAGAAACUACAUAACUGCAUUUAUUCUAUGUAGAUGGGGCACUGUAGUCUAAAAUGUGGAUAUAGUCUAAAUGUGGAGCUGGGAGAUCUGGGAAUUGCUCAAAAGAACAACUCUGUGCAAGCAAGUGUGGUUAUUAGAGGAACUUUGAGGUGGAGCUGACAUGGUGGGCCACAGGAAAGAACUGUGGAAAGCUGGCAGGAUAAAGGAGGAGAAAGGGAGGGAAAUUGAUCACCGGCAAAACUCGGCGAGAGACUUCACAUGGGAUGUAAAAUGCAUAAAAACCAAAUGUAGUGAUGGGUAAAGAAAAGAAAUCCCACAGUGGGUGAGUGGAAAGCUCCUGAACAUGGUUUGGUAGCUCAC